AUGGCAGCGGCUGGACAGAUCAGCGCAAACCCACCAAGAACAGAUUAUGCGUUCAAAGUUUUGGUUGUCGGUGAUCCUAGAGUUGGGAAGACUUCAAUCAUCAACCGAUAUGUGCAUGGCUCCUUUGACAUACACUACAAGCUCACUCUAGGCGUAGACUUUGCUCUCAAGGUGAUUCAUCGUCCGUCCAGCAUUAUUCGGCUGCAACUCCGAGACAUAGCAGGACAGGAGAAAGCUGGGACUAUGACGAGGGUGUACUACAGAGACGCAAACGCAGCAGUUGUAGUCUUUGAUGUCACAAGAAAUAUCACAUUGCAGUCCGUGAAGAUAUGGAAACAAGACAUCGAUAGUAAGCUAAGCCUUCCUGACGGUCGUCGAAUCCCUGCGGUUCUAUUAGCGAACAAAUGCGAUCUAGACGCAGACCCUGCUGUUACCGAGCAGGUUCUACAAGAUCUUGUGACGGAAGACCAAUUUAUUGGCUGGUUUCUUACAUCGGCUAAGGACGACAAGAACGUUGCAGAAGCAUUCAACUUCCUUAUAGAUCGGGCGAUCUCAGAUUACGAAGCUACCAGAAGAUUUCAGCAGGACAACAGGCCGCAAGGAACAAUCUCAUUGUCUCAGAAUGAGCGGAGGGGAGGCAACUGCAGUUGUUAA